AAUGGAAACAUAGAUUUUCUGAAGCUGCACAUUAAAGAUUUUUGCAAAACAAUAUCUAGAAGCAUAAUGUUGAGAAAUAGAAUACAAAUAGUAAAAAAAAAACAAUAUGAAGUCUUGGUCUGUUGAAGAAGGCAUACCAUUGAUAGAUAUGAAGGUUUCCUUGGAGUAACAUUAACUUUUCCUCUAUUAAUUUUAUCUUAUCCAUCUUUGAAUAUAAAGAAUAAAAUUACCUAACAAGUUUUUUUUUCCAACUCUUUUUGUGAAUUUGACCAAUGUGAAGAAAAUGUGGGCUAUUCAUUUUAUAGUUUUGCUUUAAUAAAUUUCUGUUUAUACAUUACUUUCUACUUAAUAAGCCUGGGUAAAGGUAAGAGGACAGAGAAAUCAAUGACACUUAAAGACAACCAGAGCUGCGUCCCCGGACAGAUCUAUAAAGUGGACUGUAAUAUGUGUCGGUGUGGACCCAGCGGGGGACUCGUGUGUACCAAAAUGGCUUGUUUGAGCCAGUCUGUCUUGGACGCUCUCAAAAGAGGACAGAGAACUUCAGGGGACAAGAGAUCUUUGAGAAGUGAGAAUGUUGAAAAUGUGAAAAGUAUUAAACGUAACAGGUUUCCUAUUAUAGGAGAGGGAGAAGUUUGUGUGCCGGGUAAAAUGUACACAGAGGGUUGUAAGACUUGUUAUUGUAACGAAGAUAAGCAGUUGGAUUGUAGUGAAACAUGCAAACAUAAACUGGCGCUAAAAAGACAUUCUAACAUUGUGGAGAGACUCAUGAAGCGAGACUUGCGCAAAGUUCCAACGAUAGCUCACCUGGCCAAGAAAUGUACUCCUGGCAAGAGGUAUCGCAUCGACUGUAAUGGCUGCCUGUGUAUGUCAAAAAACAAUCUCAUAUGUGAAGAAAAGAUGUGCGAGGCGCAGGACACGGCGGAGAAACGAGCGCUGGCUCUCUCAGAUAGAAGCUGUGAGUUCAUGUCGGAUCAUGAAUGUAUAACGUGUGAGUGUUUCAAUGACACUACCAAGUGCACAGUGGACCCCAUGUGUGCUCAGCAGAACCAACACCUGUCUGGCAAGUCCGACAGGGUCCCGAGGGCUUUCAACUUAGACCGGGAGAGAUGCAAGCCUGGUGUCACAUACCUUAUCCAUUGCAAUAAAUGCUACUGUCAACCCGACUACACUUUGAGAUGUACCAGCAAAGCCUGUCUGAACUACUCCCAAGUCAAAAAGCUCGACCGACAAAAGGAAUAUACUGGGAAGCACACAGACUAACCGAAAAUACAUAAGACGAUUAUAUCUAUACGAUCCUACUAUUCCUACAUAUAAAUACAAUAUCAAACUGUCUUAGAUAAUCUUUAUAAGUAUUAAAAUUUAUGUGCCUCGCAACGAGAUGCGUGAAAUGAAACCGGCAGAUAAUCAAAGUUGACGCAGUGAGUGUAGGAAAGAGGGCAGAUCCAUGUAUCAGUUCACAACUGGCAAUCACACCCCGCGCCAAUUCGCUGUGAAGUUGCCGCGCGUACCUAUUCCGCGGGUACAUACUUCAUUCCAGGGGGGUGCAACUUCCCUACAUUGGCAUAUGAAAAAAAUUUGCAUUGAAAGUGCUGCCACCUAUUCUAUUAGGUACGCUGCAACUUCACCUCGAUGGCAAUAAUUUAACAUACAUGAUAGAUGGAGCUAGUGAUAGCAAAAAACUCACUUAACUUACUUAUUAAAGCAAGAGUUGACUAUCGUGCUGUAAUCAUUAAAUGUCUCUCCUUAUUGAAUGAAUAAGAAUUACCACCCACACAAUACAUCAAUAUGCAUAAUUGCAUUUAAUACGGUCCAUAAAUAAUAACGGUCUAUAUAAACGGUAAACAAUAGUAAAAACUAUAAACAUAAUUAGUGCCAUCUAGCGACGGUACGCUAAGAGCGUAAAAAUAACACAGCGCCAUCUCUUAGCCUGGGUACACUGAUUUUACAAAAUAAAAACAUGAGUUGCACAUCUAUCUCUGGUAUAUAGUGUAUUAUUUAUUAUCUAUGCUUCAUUCCACAUUCAACCGCUACUAAAUUUAGACAAGUAUAAUCGCAUUCAGCAAUCUAGCAUCCUAAAUUCAGAAAUAAUGAUGGUUACACACUGACUGAAUCAUUUAGAAGCCUAAUUUGAUUGAUAUGAAUUUUCCUUCACCUAAUUAUGCCUUCACCCAUGUUAUACAUACAUUUGGACCCAGUAACACCAUGUCAUCCGCGUAGUUGAUGUUGUAAGAAUAACAUUAAGGUAUAAGGGUAUCCAUAAAUACAUAGUUUAAUAAAAAUGGUUUUCAAAACCGUUAUUCUAUACCUAAUUAUCUAACACUACGAUGGCCACAAGUCCUUUUCUUAUUUUUGGUCAAUUAUAACAUAAACUUACGUCUGGGGUCUACUGUAUAUUAAAGAAAGAAUGAAAUAUAUUUAUUUGCAAUUAACAUAUACAUUAGAUAAUUAUAAAGACUUUGUUUUAUUUUAUUUUAGUGCUCUCUAUUGUAUUUCAAUACAUAGUUUAUAAUUAUAAUACAUAUGUAGCCAGCUAGUUUACUUU